AUGCCUCAUUUGAUGUAUCGAAUUAUUCUAGAAGGUCAUAGCGGUGUUAAUCAAUUAGGUGGAGUAUUUGUAAACGGACGACCAUUACCAGAAAGUAUUCGACAUCGAAUCGUUGAACUGGCUCGACAGGGCGCAAGACCGUGUGAGAUUUCACGAAAAUUACAAGUAUCAAACGGUUGUGUAUCUAAAAUCCUGGGUCGAUUCUACGAAACCGGCUCGGUUAAACCGAGAGCUAUUGGUGGUUCGAAACCACGUGUUGCUACACCAGAUGUCGUAGCAAAAAUUGCAGAAAUCAAAGCAGAAAAUCCAUCGAUAUUUGCUUGGGAAAUUCGUGAGCGUCUCCUGAAUGAUGGUGUUUGUACACAAGAUAAUUUACCAAGUGUGUCUUCUAUCAAUCGAGUACUACGCAAUUUAUCCUCAUCAUCAUCAUCAUCAUCGUUAAAAUCAACGACUGAUUAUCAUCAAUAUCAAACAGGAGAAUUUCAUUAUGAUGGUUCAUCAUGUAAUCUACUUAAUCCACCACCUAUUUGGACAGUAUUAGGAAGUACAAAUCCACCAACAAAUCCAUCUCAUACAUGGCAUCAUCAUCACCACCAUCAUCCUCAUCAACAAUCGCUAACAGCGGCAACAGCAACAACUACAACACAAAAUUUAAAUAUGAAAAAUGGACAUAAUUCUAUGGGAGUUAAAUAUGAACCAUCGAAUGAUGAUGAAGAAAGUGUUAAUAAUGAUGAAGAUGAUGAACAAAGUACGAAUAGUGAUCCUGAUUCUAAAUUAUCAUCACGACAAAAAACACAACGAAAUCGAACAGCUUUUACUCAAGAACAAAUAGCUGCACUUGAAAAAGAAUUCGAACAUACUCAUUAUCCAGAUGUUUAUGUACGUGAACGUUUAGCUAAACAUAUUAGUUUACAAGAGAAUCGUAUUCAGGUUUGGUUUUCUAAUCGACGAGCUAAAUGGCGACGUGAAGAAAAAGCACGUAAUCAAAGACGUACACAUACUGCUUGCGAAUCAUCAACAGGUGGAACAUCUGGAAGUAGUGCAUCAAUUUUACCAACAGUUUCUUCACCUCCACCACCACCACCACCACAAUCAUCAUCAACAAUUUCUUCAUUGAAUCAUCCAACGACAUCACCAUCAUCUAUUUCAGCUCCUCUACCAGGUUAUAUUAUUGAAUCUGAUAUUCCACCACCCAUUGGAUGUUAUUUCCCUAAUGGAGCAACUGAUAAUCGACAAGCAAUGACAAAUAAAAGUUUUUCACCAUAUUCAACAGCACAAUCUCAUAAUUAUUCAUGUACAUCAUCAGGAUACAGUUAUCCUCUACCAACAGUUAAUUGCUAUGAAGAUGUAUCAUUUCCAUCAUCAACAUAUCCUCGACCACCAUCUUAUCAUUCACAUCAUAAUACAGAUUAUAGUAGUUUUGCAUCGAAUGUUAUGUGUCAAUCAUCAAAUUUUCUUCAUACACCAAUGUCAUUGCCAUCGUCUCAUCUAUCUUCAACAUCAACGUCAUCUGUAGCAAAUCCAUUUUGGGAUCGUUUUUGA